GUGUGUGUCCUGUUGUCAUCGAUCGUCUGCUUUCUUUGUACGCGUCGGGACCGCUCUAACGCGACUGCACGUCGUGUUUUUCUCGCUUGGUCACGACCACACUUUGAUAGAAGUGAUUCAGGAACGGAGCCGGUCACAAAAUGGAAGAAACGGAGGAAGCGUGCGGAGGAACGAUGGAGAAUAAGAAGCUGAAAGUUCGCAGGAUGACGUCGAGGACGUCCUCGUCCAGCGUUCGGAGCGUCGCCGCAGAGGCUUCUCCUCAAACCCUGCGGAGGAACAACAGCAAGAAGCCUCCGCUCCAGAGAGGCAGCUCCUUCACCUUUCUUACACCGGGGACUCCGUGGGACUUCAGUUUAAAGAGGAAGCGCAAAGAGAAGGACGAUGACACGGUCAGUCUGUCGAGCUUCGACCUCAAGGAACCCAGCAACAAGCGAGUCCGACCUUUGGCCAAAGUUUCAUCUCUCGUCAACUUGAUAUCUCCUUCAAAGAACGGGGCAGUGCGGCGCUUUGGUCAGACCCUCCAGUCAAUGUCGUUACGCAGCGACAGCAAGUCACCAGGGAUGUCCCUCAAAGCCGGCAGCAAGGCAGCAGGUCCCACUCCCACGAAACGAAGGAACAGCACGCUGUGGUCAGAGACGCUGGACGUCCAUCAGAAGAGCACGUUCUCCACCAAAGAGAUCAAGAGACAAGAGGCAAUUUAUGAGCUGUACAGGGGAGAGCAGGAUCUCAUCGAAGAUCUCCAACUUGCACGAAAGGCGUACCACGAUCCAAUGCUGAAGCUCUCCAUCAUGACAGAGGAGGAGUUAGCUCACAUAUUUGGGGACCUGGACGCAUACAUCCCCUUACAUGAGGAUUUACUGAUGAAACUGACAGAAGGAACCGGCCCCGAUGGAACAGUCGCUCAGAUCGGACAGAUUGUAAUAGACUGGCUGCCUGGUCUGAACGCUUACAAAAACUACUGCAGCAACCAGCUCGCGGCCAAAGCGCUGCUCGACCAGAAGAAGCAGGACAGGCGGGUGCAGGACUUCUUGCAGCGCUGUCUCGAGUCGCCCUUCAGCAGAAAACUUGACCUGUGGAGCUUCCUGGACAUCCCACGUUCACGCCUGGUGAAAUACCCGCUGCUGCUGCGAGAGAUCCUCAGACACACUCCUCCUGAUCACCCAGACGUCAUCAGUCUGGAGAGAGCUAUUUCUAUAAUCCAGGAGAUUCUGUCCGACAUCAAUUUGAGGAAGGGGGAGUCUGAGUGUCAGUAUUAUAUAGACAAACUGGAGUAUCUGGAUGAGAAGCAGCGAGACCCUCUCAUAGACAACUGUAAGACACUGCUGUGUCAUGGUGAGCUGCGGAACAAGAGUGGCUCGCGGCUGCAUGUGUUUCUCUUCUCCGAGCUGCUGGUUUUGACGCGGCCGGUGACACGUAAUGAGAGGAGCUGCUUCCAGGUGUAUCGACAGCCAAUCCCAGUGAGGGACUUGGCUCUGGAGGACGUGCAAGACGGAGAGAUCCGCAUGGGGGGGUCGUUCAGAGGGGCUUUCACCAACACAGAGAAAGUGAAGAACAUUUUCCGUGUGAGCUCUCUGGAUCCUUCCCAUGGCCAGUCCCACACCCUGCAUGUCAAUGACGUCUACCACAAACAGCAGUGGCUCAACUGUCUGCGCACCGCGAUGGCUCAGCAGCCGCAGGAGGCUGCACCUCGGGUUCAGGAGGGCGAAGCCAUCAGAGCCAAACGCCGCUCUUCCACCCUCUCGGCCACCAUCUGUGACGAAGAGACGGACGAGAACUGUCUACCCGUCUCUGGCCCAAAACUCAGGCCUCAGAAGCUCUCAAAAACCAGACUGGACAAGAAGUUACAAGGCUCAGUGAAGAGGAAGGAAACUGAGGUGUAGACAUUUAACCUGGUGGUUCACAUAUGGGUUCCUCUCAGACAGGCACGUGACGUCUUUGUCACAUGUCAUUGAAUUAUCAUGCAACCACUAGUGCUUUAGCUUCGUCUCUGCACUGAAAAAGCCUAUCCAAUUUCCGUCCAAAUGUAAAUAAAACUUUUGUCUUUCAA